UCAGUGUCGAACUGUCAAGUCAGCUGUACCGUGUGUGUAUGCACACACAUAGUCAUAAUAGUACGCAAUAAUUUCUGUUUAUUUUCUCACUAAGCACUUAUUUCUUUUCCCUAAUCGUCUCUCGCCAAAUGAAAUCGAAGCAGCGAAUAAUAAACGUACAAUGAGCCGGUCGGGAACAUGAGUUUCAUAAUCAAUUUUUUGAAGAAUUUUCUACACAACAUGCUACAAUUAUUGUCAUUUGGUAAGAAAACCAUCAAGAACACACUGAGCAUUUAUGUGAAAUUCAAUCGUGACACAUUGUCGGUUGAUCUUGAUCCACAUUGGGUUAUACGAGAAGUGAAAGAAUUUGUUGCACCACAGCUCGGUUUGCAGCCGAACGAGGUGAAAAUCAUAUUUGCUGGCAAAGAACUCAGCGAUACAACGAAAUUAGAGGAAUGUGAUUUGGGUCAACAAAGUAUUUUACAUGCUGUCAAAGCGCGGUCUCAGCCAAUUUCGAAGCGUUCGCUGAAUGUGCCAACGAAUUCGUCCAUCGAAGAGGAGCCAAACGAAGAACAUGACGCAACAAAACCAUUGUCGCAAACGCUAACCGAUCUGCAAUUCUCCGAUGUGACACACGACAAUAGAACUGAUAAAGAAAAACGGAAUGAAGGCGAGGAAAUGAAGGCACGAUUCUUCCUCUACUGUUCGCAUUGUAACGAUUUAUGCCCGGGUAAAUUGCGUGUUCGUUGUUCUUUAUGCAAAGGUGGUGCGUUUACUGUGUACAAAGAUCCAGAAGGUUGGGACGAUGUUUUGUUGCCAAAUCGAAUACCAGGUCUGUGUGAAACCAACGAAAUUUCAUGUACACGAGACAAUGGCGAGCUACCAUUUGCGGAAUUUUAUUUUAAAUGCGCCAAACAUACGUCAAUGGGUGAAAAAGACUUUGGCGCACCACUCAGUUUGAUUAAACGUAAUGUCAAACAAAUACCGUGCCUAUCAUGCACCGAUGUGUGCGAUCCAAUUCUAGUUUUCCCGUGUCAUGCGGGCCAUGUUACCUGUUUGGAUUGCUUUCGACAGUACUGUUUAACAAGACUAAUGGAACGACAAUUCAUUUCACACGAUGACAUUGGCUAUACACUACCGUGUCCAGCUGGCUGUGAAAAUUCGUUCAUCAUCGAAAUUCAUCACUUUAAAUUACUGACAAAAGAGCAAUACGAUCGAUAUCAACGAUUUGCAACGGAAGAAUAUGUCCUGAAAGCGGGUGGUGUAUUGUGUCCGCAACCAGAUUGCGGAAUGGGCUUCAUUGUCGAUCCAGAUUGCAAAAAAAUUACCUGCUCGAAUGGCUGUGGUUUUGUGUUUUGCCGAGACUGUCUACAAGGUUAUCACAUUGGCGAUUGCAUUCCAGACGAUGGAACGAAUGCCACAUCGAAUCAUUCACAGUAUUCCUUUGAUCCCCUGCGAGCUACUGAAGCAAGAUGGGACGAUGCAUCGAGAGUCACCAUUAAAGUCAUAUCGAAACCGUGUCCAAAAUGUCGAACGCCAACGGAACGUGAUGGCGGUUGUAUGCAUAUCGUGUGCACAAGAUCUGGUUGUUCAUUCGAAUGGUGUUGGGUAUGCCAAGCCGAAUGGACCAGAGAUUGUAUGGCUCAGCAUUGGUUCUAAUAGCCUAUUGCGGACAUAUUGGUUCGCCUAAGCCAAUAACAUUUAGGUGUUAGAUAGGAAAACAUUUUUUAUUUGCGAAAAACGAAGCAAUAUUUUUAUGAUUGUUUUGAUAGAAAAUAAAUUGAAGAUUCACUCCAA